AUGAAUUUUGACCAGAAGGCGGUGAAAUUCCUGGCAAAUUUUUACAUCAAUGGAGGCAAACACUGGACCCAUGGACCCCUAAGGCAGAAGCCACUAGAGUCCACCCAGCCCAGUGCUGCAGUGGCGCUGUCAGGCCCAGAGCAGGGGACGGCCUGGGAUGAAAUAUGGUCCUCAAAGACGAAGGAAGUCCCAGCUGGCCUCCGGAUACACAGGGGCACCACCCAGGAGUUCUCACCUACCUACACUCAGACCCUGAGGGAUCUGCUGCUGGAGCGGCGGCCCCCCAUCGUGACCGACCUGGAUGUCCCCGGCCCCACCAAGUACCAGGUGCCCAGUGCGUCCGCGCGCGAAUCCUCCCCGCAUCCCCGCUACAGCAUGGGCCGCAAGCACCAGGGCCGAGGCCUUGACCUGAAGAUCCAGUGGCUUAGUCACUGGUGCUCUGAGAACUCUGACCCAGGGCUGUGUAGGCCAAGCCACAGGAAGUGGACUCCCUUGGCCUUGGCCUGUUAG